AGGCGAGGGCGGCAAACGGCCGGAGGAGGAUCGGCGUGGAAAGUCGAGGCAGGAGCGACUUUCGGAGAACUCAUUCAAAGGAACAAAGACAACUACCACGAGAAGACUGGGAGUUAAAAUCUUGGUGACUUUUUCUUCGCGAAAACAUCUGGAGCUUGGAAAGCUCGGACCCGCCGGCCGCGCCGGUCUAGGCAGCUCCGGCAUUCUCCAUUCGCCAAAGAAAAUAAUCUGCGUCUGCAUAUGAAGAUGUAAAUCGAUUUCUCUAAGUUUUCGUGAACAAAUUUGUAGAGCUUAUCAGUUCCGUCUACGCGUUUGAUAGGCUAUCGACCGAGAUGUGAGGCAACCUGUCCUGCUCGAGCUAGGCUCACGCUGCGCUGCGAGUGUCGAUCCUCAAAUGCAGCAAGCAGAAUCUCGUCGAUCUUCCUUACUCUGUACACACUGAAAGUUCCCUGCAGCGCCUCGGCCUUUCGAUGAAGGUAACCCCUGCACAUCCACCCGACAGCUGCGUUUUCUCUCAAGACGUCGAGACAGGAAUUUACCUCUAAAGGACUCUCCAAAGAUACAGCACCCCUUUCAGAGAUAGAGUCGCGCCUCGCAACUCUAUUGUCUUCUCUUCACUCUUUGGAAGAACUUCCUCAUCGAAACAGGACACGUUUCGCCUCGGCACUCUGUCGCCUUGGUUCUGGAGAAAGUUCCACGAUUCUGCCUGUUAUUAUCUGGCGUACAACGUCGCUGUUUCUCUUGGCUUAGCGCUCCUUUUCUCCCUGCUUUGAACUCUGCCGUGUCUACGAACCUCGACGUCUCUGUCUUUCCUUGUUCGCAUCCUCCUCCGCCUCUCGGUAGGGGCGCAGGUGCUCUCUGCUGCGUCCUUCACGUGAGGUCGUUUCCUUCCUGAAAAUCCGACAAUGUCGGAUCCUACCUCUUCUUUACCUCUUGGCUCAGCUGAUUCUUCGGCCACUGCAGAGCCGCCGACAAGCUCCGAGGACACACAGGAGAAGACAAACAACCCUCCUGGAGAAACGAAAGAAAAGGAAGACAGCUCAUGUAGAAAGCAGAAGGAAGAGGAGGGCGAUUCGUCAGGAAAUAAGAAGGAAGAGAAAGCAGCUGAGGGAGAAGAGACACAGAAGGAGAAGCCGUCUGAAAGCGAGAAGGAAGAGAAAGCAGCUGAGGGAGAAGAGACACAGAAGGAGAAGCCGUCUGAAAGCGAGAAGGAAGAGAAAGCAGCUGAGGGAGAAGAGACACAGAAGGAGAAGCCGUCUGAAAGCGAGAAGGAAGAGAAAGCAGCUGAGGGAGAAGAGACACAGAAGGAGAAGCCGUCUGAAAGCGAGAAGGAAGAGAAAGCAGCUGAGGGAGAAGAGACACAGAAGGAGAAGCCGUCUGAAAGCGAGAAGGAAGAGAAAGCAGCUGAGGGAGAAGAGACACAGAAGGAGAAGCCGUCUGAAAGCGAGAAGGAAGAGAAAGCAGCUGAGGGAGAAGAGACACAGAAGGAGAAGCCGUCUGAAAGCGAGAAGGAAGAGAAAGCAGCUGAGGGAGAAGAGACACAGAAGGAGAAGCCGUCUGAAAGCGAGAAGGAAGAGAAAGCAGCUGAGGGAGAAGAGACACAGAAGGAGAAGCCGUCUGAAAGCGAGAAGGAAGAGAAAGCAGCUGAGGGAGAAGAGACACAGAAGGAGAAGCCGUCUGAAAGCGAGAAGGAAGAGAAAGCAGCUGAGGGAGAAGAGACACAGAAGGAGAAGCCGUCUGAAAGCGAGAAGGAAGAGAAAGCAGCUGAGGGAGAAGAGACACAGAAGGAGAAGCCGUCUGAAAGCGAGAAGGAAGAGAAAGCAGCUGAGGGAGAAGAGACACAGAAGGAGAAGCCGUCUGAAAAGAAGGAGCAAGAGAAAUUGCCUGCGGGAGAAGAGACAGAGGAAGGCUCCUCGCGUGUAGAGCAGGAGAUCUUCGAACGGGAGGCAUCGAGAGACUCUUCUAGGGCGGGAGGACGGAAGCCGUUUGUGUCAAAGUCGGCUUCGCAUCUGUUACGCGAGUUUUCUCUUCCUUCUGAGAUGUCUUCUCUCAGAGACAAGGAGAAGACUGCCGGUGUGUUGUCAAAGCAUGAAUCGUCGAAGGACGGCUCUUCCGCGUUUGCCGCAAACGAGGAAGGAGUGACUUUUGCUUCCCAUGUUCCUUUUCGUUCUUACGUCUCCACUGGCGGAGUUGCUCUCGAAGGCUCCAACGAUCCGACAAACGCGGCAAGCGAACUUCUUUCCUCGGCUCUGGGCGCCCCGGGAAGCGCGAGGUCACCGGGCCUGCCUCCAGACACAGAGGAGAGAAGGCCACUGUCUCCACAGAAGAAAAGCGGAUCGGGAGUCUCCCCUCAAGCGCAGGCCUCGGCGCCCAAGGAAGCUUCUUCUUCUGCGUGUGUGGCGUCUUCGACAAGAAACGCGAACUCCUCUACUCUCUCUUCCGAACUCGAAGUUGUACCGCCUCCAUCGCAGCCGUACACGGCCUUCUCCUGCUUCCUCACCGCUUCUCUGAAGCCUCCGGUGGUCCACCCGAGAAGCGAUUUCAUCACGACGGCGUCGGGGAAUCGCGUAGGGAGGGACACCCUGCUGUUCGGCUCGCAGAACAUCACGCUGGCUGGACGCUCCGUCGUCUCUCAAGGAGUGAUUCUGCGUGGAGAACUCGCGCCGCUCCGAUUCGGCAGAUAUGUGUACCUCGAGGAGAACGUCCUCGUUCACCCCAGCGUGUACAGGUCCAAGGGCCAGCCGUUGCAUGUGCCUCUGACUGUCGGGGACUACGUCGUCGUGGGGAGGAACUCUGUCGUCAGAGCUGUCGCUGUCGGCUCGUGCGUGGAGAUCAGCGUGAACUGCGUUGUGGGGAACAGAUGCAUCUUGAAAGACUUCUGCAGACUCCUCCCCGGCACUGUGCUCCCUCCCGACACGGUGGUUCCCUCGUUUACUGUCUUUGGGGGAAACCCGGGGAAGAUGGUCGACGAACUUCCUGAGGGGGAAACCGUGCUGAUGAAACUCGACGCGAUUCAAAGAUACAACCUGUUUGUGCCUGCCGAGGAGUCCUAGAAAGAGGCGAGGCAGCGGAGACAGAGAGACGACGCUGGAAAUAGUUCGAAGAUACAUCUUCGGUGUGCCGGACGAGACGUUCUCGGCGCAGAAGGGAACUCAGAGAAAAAAGUGAGCGGUGGCGACGAGGUCUCACUUUGAUCGACUUUUCAACAGACAUCCAGAGAUAUGAAGAGAAAGAGCUUCGGAAGGAAGACGAAGACGGGGCUUUGGAGCGAACCAUUUUAAACGUGGUAUUCACCUACUCAUAUAUGUGAUUGCGUAAGGCUCAUUCGGUUGUCGCAGGUUCGUCAGAUGCUGCGUUCUCCUACGCACAUAUCACAUGGCUUCUGGGACUUUGACGUCAGAUCAAGAGAAGUGCAACUGCGAUAAGGAGCGACAGAGAAGCUGAUGGCUCUUUAAAAAGGGAAACAUGUCAAUGCACCCAGACUAGGAUGGCCAGAGAUACCUGCGAAGAAGCACCGAAAAGACAGAUGGACAGGGAAAACGAGGGGCAAGUUCUGAUGGACUAAAACGAGACAGAAGUGUCGAUUUUUGCUCUAGGGAAGGGAAACGGUAAAAGCGCGCCUCGAGAAGGUAAAGAGAGUUAGGCGAAGGAAACACAAACUCAGAGGAAGCAAAGACAACAGGUAUUUCGAUGGGAAGGGCCCCCUCAAAGAGGGGAAGAACGAGAGAUGUGGAGCAGAGGCUAAUGGGUCGAACACACAGUUUCAUCGCUUUUUGAAAGUUGUCGCUACAGUGAAGUCGGAGAAAAUCGGGUGACGUCACGAAGAUCUCUCUCUGUGUUCUAAGCGAAUUGGGGCUGAACACUCAACUCGCUGUGCCUUAAACAUUUCGGCUGCCACUGUCGGUUUUAGAAAAAACUUUUGUUUUUUGUCGUGAGUUACAGCGGCGACGUGGAGACAUGGCAGUUUCCGAGAUGCUGAGAAUUCAAGGAAAGGUCCUUUCAUGACGUUCCGGACUCGUGACCGACAGUAGAGAGACAGACAUGUUUUCGUUUUCUCAAGAGAGAAGACUGUCGU